AUGGACAAAGCCAACACGGCCCGGGCCCGCCGUGUGGUGAUUUGGACGAUCUUUCCUGGUGGAGGGGAUGAGAUGAAACGAAGAGGAACGUGGGACUUUCCCGGCGGUGGUUCAGAUAAACCAACGCUGACUGUGCAGCCACAGACGUCUGUGUUCAUUGGAGACACAGUUACUCUGACCUGUAAGAUUCAUCAGUCCACUGCAUUGGAGUUUAUCUUUAUCACACCAUCAAACACUGAAUCCACUGAACUUACAGGAACUAAAACAAUCAGAUCUGUGCAAGUCUCUGAUGGAGGAGAGUACAAGUGCAGAGCCAGAAGAAGAGAAAAUCCUCAGGUUUACACACAAUACAGUAAACCAAUAACAGUGAGAGUAAAGGAAAGACCAACACCUGAAGUGUCUGUUGACCCUGCUGAUCUUGUAUUCAGAGGAGAAACUGUCAAUCUCACAUGUGUCAUUAAAAGAGGAGGAGUCCACAGCUGGCAGUACAGCUGGUAUAAAGAUUCAUCACUUUACAACAUCAGUUACCUUCAGUAUUACACAAUCAGAUCUGUCACUGAGUCUGACGCAGGUAACUACACCUGUAGAGGAAAUGAGACCGAUGGAUCACGAUACUCACACAUCAGUAAUGCAGUUACACUGACAGUAUCAGGAUCUUCUGGUCAUAAAGUUGGUGUGGUUGUUGGACUGAUCAUCUUGUUUUUGAUCAUUUUCUUGGUUUUGCUGUGGUGGUACAAAAACAAAAAAGGUAAAGUCUCUCAGUCUCCCUCAGCUGUCAGUCCACAGCAGAACAUCAGUCAGAUAUCAGAUCAGAAACAGACUGAAGAUGGAUACACUCCACUGCAGUCUGGUCAGUCUACAGCACAUUCAUACAGUAUGAAAUCUGUUUUUAUAAGAGCUGAUGCUUUGACACCCCAUCAACCACCCAGAACACACUAG